GCCAUGCUUUCAUCCUCCACACAAUCAGCAAGCUCGCCAAAAUGAAGUGCCUUUCGUGCUUCCUUCUGUUGGCCUUGGUAGAUCUCGCGUUAUUGCUUGGCCUGGCAACCAACCCGAGCCAUGCCCAGAACUCACCUCAGGACUUCCUUGAUCCUCAUAACGCAGCUCGGGCAGCCGUCGGCGUCGGUCCCCUUGCUUGGGAUGACACGGUUGCCAGCUAUGCUCAAGCCUACGCCGACCAGCGAGCUGCCGACUGCGCCCUCAUGCACUCCGGUGGGCAGUACGGUGAGAACAUAUACUGGAAUUCCGGCGACGCCGACGCCGCCGACGCCGUCAGCUAUUGGGUGAGUGAGGAAGCCUACUAUGACUAUAAUUCCAACAGUUGCAUCGGUGGGGAAUGUCUACACUACACUCAAGUUGUAUGGCGUGAUACAAUGUACCUGGGGUGCGCUAAGGUCACCUGUGACAGUGGAGGCACAUUCAUAACAUGCAACUACGAUCCUCCAGGCAAUAUUAUUGGUGAAAGACCUUACUAGGGCCGGCAAGAGAAGAUGCUACAAAAAUAUGUUGUGUUCUUGUUGUUAUAUGGUACUUAAUUCACAGUAUGCUGCUAGGGACCUUAUUAAUAAGGGAGCCAUGCAUAUCUGCAAUAUUAAUUGAUGUGCCCAUAUUCUAGCAUGGAUGACUGAUAAAACUUUAAUAUAUAUUUCCAGAUUUUUAAUAAUGUUAAUUUCCAUUCUUGGAA